UCCAUGGAGCACAACCACCUCCACCUCCACAACGGCUCCCUGCUGGCGCACCACCGCUAUGGCUGCGGCUUGGGGUACGCACCUGUCGUCUACUACAGCCUCCUGCUCUGCCUCGGGCUGCCGGCAAACAUCUUGACAGUCAUCAUCCUCUCCCAGCUUGUAGCUCGCAGGCAGAAGUCCUCCUAUAACUAUCUUCUAGCUCUAGCUGCUGCUGACAUCCUGGUUCUCUUCUUCAUCGUCUUUGUUGAUUUCCUCAUGGAAGACUUCAUCUUAAACAAACAGAUGCCUCAGGUACUGGACAAAAUAAUUGAGGUCUUGGAAUUUUCUUCCAUCCACACCUCCAUUUGGAUUACAGUUCCACUAACCAUCGAUAGGUACAUAGCUGUGUGCCACCCGCUGAAGUAUCAUACAGUCUCCUACCCUGCUCGUACUCGAAAAGUCAUAGUAAGUGUCUAUAUCACCUGCUUUUUGACCAGCAUUCCCUACUACUGGUGGCCCAAUAUUUGGAUUGAAGACUACAUAAGCACAUCAAUGCAUCACGUCCUCAUCUGGGUCCACUGCUUUACUGUUUACUUAGUGCCCUGCUCCAUCUUCUUCAUCCUGAAUUCCAUCAUUGUGUACAAGCUGCGGCGAAAGAGCAAUUUCCGACUGCGAGGGUACUCCACAGGGAAAACAACAGCCAUUUUGUUUACUAUAACUUCUAUUUUUGCCAUACUUUGGGCACCAAGAAUCAUCAUGAUAUUGUAUCACCUCUACGUGUCGCCCAUAAACAACAGCUGGGUGGUGCAUAUCGUGUCGGACAUCGCCAAUAUGCUUGCACUGCUGAACACUGCAAUUAAUUUCUUUCUCUACUGUUUUAUUAGCAAAAGAUUUCGCACAAUGGCAGCUGCCACACUGAAAGCCUUCUUUAAGUGUCAGAAGCAACCAGUGCAAUUCUAUACAAACCAUAACUUUUCCAUAACGAGCAGCCCUUGGAUUUCCCCAGCCAACUCUCACUGCAUCAAAAUGCUUGUUUACCAGUAUGAUAAGAAUGGGAAGCCUAUAAAAAUAUCACCAUGAAAAGGGCAAUAGUUGUAGUUUCUGGGUGCAAGUUCCUUUCAAGUGGUUACAUCUUCAGGAUGUAAUUUGCUGAAAUGGCUGUUUUGAAGAGUGGUCAUUUGAUUUCAUUUCCCUGGGAGACCAAGGGCAGAGCAGACUGUCAGGAAGGAACAGGAGCGCUUGAUUUUAGAAGGAAAAGUGAGAAGGCAAAUGCCUCCAUCUCUUAUAUAGCAUUUUGAAUAUGCUUCAGAGUUCAAGUCUUAGUGUUCAGUCGCCCUCAAAUGUUUUGCAUCCCAGCAUCAGUGCAGUCCAAAGUCAUUGGAGGGGCGAAGCCACAGCAGUGUUUAAUUACAACCUUUUAACACACAACAACAAAACCUUGCUCGACUGUGUCGUUUGCUGUCGACAAAGUGAAUGGAUGCUUUUGUGUACUGUGGAAGGUGCCAUUUCUGAUGUGUGCACUUGCCAAAAAUUAUGUGUUGAAUCUGACACAAAAUGCCACCACACACAGUUUUGCUGUCAAGACCUCGUUGCAGGAGGCAGCGUGUGAGACACAAGUGGUGACAAGCCCUUUUGUGGCUCACUUGAACAAGGCUCAAGGACCGAUACAGUACCUGUUGCAGCUUUGGCAUGGAAAGCAAUCCACAAGCUGCCAAUAUUCAUGUGUUUUAAGUUGUUAUUUAAGAAUGUGACCGAGACAGGGGAGCUUGAGGGAGGGAGGGAAGUUUAUAGAGCCAAGAACAAAAGCAGCAUCUUUUCCCAGCUAUUUCAGUUAUGGUGUCUAAGGACUUUCGAGUUUGAAACCAAGUCCUGCCUGAUGCAGAGGUCCCACCAAAGCUGCUUCUGUGAGGUUUGGAGUGAUCACAACCUUCAAGUUCCUUCUUAAUCAAUACAGAUUCUCAGUUAUCCUCCAUGUUCAGGCCUUUAAGGAUUAACAUAUAAAAACCUCAACCUAAGCUUUUCUCCUGAUGGAUGAUGCCAUUCUGUUGCAGAUUUGCCAUUUAAUUGUUAAAAACAAUUAUGACAGAAAUUCAUUAAAUACCCAACAGCAGUAAAAACAUAAAAGCCUUAGUCUAAGCUGAUCUAAGUAUUACACUUACUUAAAGUAGGUUAACUUCUUUUCCUUCACACUCAAAAAACAGCAUCCCAUCAAUGCAGAGUGUAGAAAAUAAGCAGAGAUUUACAGGAAGGCUGAAAAUGUACUUCUUUUAAUUUCUUUCACUUUCAAAUCUUUGCAUGUGGUCUCGGAGCCACAUACCACAACCUUUUUGUUCUAUAUUGGGCAUUUAUGCAGCCUCACUGACGUGAGAGCAGUGAAGGUACAUGGUGAACACAAGCACAGUGUGGUCAGUGGACACAGCAGCUCCUCAGCAAGUACCUUGGUGCUAGCACUGCAUUUGUGCCUGUGUCCAUCUCCAAUGCCAGCAGAGAGCUCAUGGUGCAUCAGGGACUAACAUAGAGGGGUCCUUUCAGAAGGGAUCCAAUCAGUCCCACUGUGGUGGGAUCUGAGGGCUGAAAGCAUCUCUCUAAAACCCUUGGAUGGCUCAGCUUUGGUGCAUUUUUCCCUAAGAAACGCCAAGUCUACAAAAGUCUUGGAAAACAACCUGGUUCCCUUCUGCCACGCAGGGUGGGUUUGCACACCACCUCAUACUGACAUCCUGCAAGAGCUAAACCCACAAACCGGAGCCCAGAAGGCAAGGGCAGCAAAAGGCACAAGGUGUGAAAAUCGGGUCCCCAGGCAAGGGCUGGCUCUUGCAUGGAGGGGUGUUCUCAGGAGAGAUCAAGGCUGCUCAGUUUGGUCCAAAUGCCCAGGGCCUUGGGGAGCACACGCCCCCCAGUCCUCUCCCACUGGCAGAGUGUUUGGGAGAGCUGCUCAGCACUCCUCUUGAGGUGCUCAGGCACCCCAAGGACCGUGCAGGUCAGAGCAAGGAGAGGGGCAUGUCUGGGGAAAUGGGGGCUGAAAGCAAAAGCUGACGCUUUCCACCUUCACCACCGAGGGGAUGGUACCCACCCAAACAUCCCCAAAGGGAAAUGAAGAGCCUCUCAGGUCAUCAGCUGUUUGCCCCUGUGAUCUCAAAGCUUCACCCUUGCAAUAAUAAGUGCAAAAGGGAUGCUGAGCCUUGCUGUAUUUUUCAUGGAAAGGUUAAAAUUAUUGCUUCCUUUAGUGGUGUUCUACAGAAAUUCAGUUUUGUGGCCAUCCCUUCUGCCCUCCUCUCACAAACCUCUCUCUGGUCUUUGUCAGUUGAUAGUAACCAAAGUUACCUUAUGGAAAAGGUACUGUAUGUCUCAUUUUGGGAAAACACUGUAUUUAUAACUUAUUUUUAUUCUACAUUUGUUAUGAGGAAUGCUUGUCUGAGUUACAUGUGAAUGAGUCUGAAGUGCAAUAUCUAUAUAGAUAAGUGGUUCAUUUUUGAGAAUGUAUCUAUGGGGAAAAAAACCUAUUUAUACAAGAAUUUCACUGUUCUACUUAAUAUAAUAGUAACCUUAAAGAAAAUAGUGAAUGUUUAGGGCUUUUAUUUAUUAAAAAAAUUUCAAUUAAGUGCAUGGCAUAUGCUGCCAUUCACAUGCUGUGAUUUAUUAAUUUUUGUAGCAUAAUGGUUAUCCUGCAGACUGUCAGUGUUGUCUGAUCUUUUCUGUCCUGAUAAUGUAUUUUUGUAAAUGACCAUAUUUAAAAACAAAAAUCUUUCUGUAUAUUUUAUUUCCCCAUGAAAAAUAACCCAUUAAAUUCUUGUAACUUAUUUGGAAAAACUCACAAUACUUUUCCAUAUCAUUUUAGAAAUGACAAGGUGCAAUUUUCAUGUACAGUGGAUUGGUCAUUUCACUUCUGAUAAUUUAGGGCUUUAAAAGCUUACUUCAAAGCCCUUUGAAGUCAAAGGGAAGGUUGCUAGUGGGUUUUGUGGUUGGUUUUUCAAAUCCCCAUCAUUUUAGGAGGGCUUUGGAUCAAGCUGUAUCCUGUUAACAGACAUUCAAAGCCAGUUUGGAUAAUAAAGCCUUGACUUUUUAGUCUGCCAUAUGGGAGCUGCUGUUGAUAAUACUUGCCUUAUUUUUGGUUGUGUGAAGCAUUUUGCAAUGACUGUUGCUAACUAGCCAAUGUCUUGCUGUAUUAUUUGUACCUCCUAAUUUGCCAGUAGUAAAAAAACUUAACCAAGCACAUAUAGUGUCAUUAUUUAGGGAAAAAGUAUCCUGGAGACAAAACCAUCUUUGUUGUGGAGAUGGUCUUUUGUACUCUAAUUUAUAUUUCAAAUGUCUACAAUUAGAAAAAUAAGCUGUGAAUGGACAGUUUUACAAUUAUUAUAGGUAUACAUCCUUGAAGACCACAGCUAGGAACAAAAUACUUUUUAGAUGAGUUGCUGGUAUAUGAAAUUAUGAGACCUAUCAGCUAUUUAAAUUGUGAAUAUUGAUAUUUUCAUAAGUAGACAAUAUCUUGUGUUUGACAAACUUGUUUGUAUUAUAAUAAAUUAUG